GAAAGGAGAAUAACCUGACAGUCUGUAUCCUCCUCUACGUCCUUCACGCGGUUGCCUCCCAUUUCCUCACCUACCUUAUUCACAUUUCAUUCAUUACAUCUUCUAUUUAUAUCUCUACCUUCUUCAUUCUUUCUUCCCUAUCACAAUUCACACACCUCUCUCUCUCUCAUCACAAGAUGAAGAACACUGCAGCAUUGCUCCUACUCACCCUCUUUCUCACCUCCUCCAUUGUCGACGCCGCAAUUGCAGAUUCAAGCGACUGCGACGAGAAGUGUGGGGUGCGAUGUGCAAAGGCGGGCGUCAAAGACCGGUGCUUGAAGUACUGCGGAAUCUGCUGCGCAGAGUGCAAAUGCGUGCCCUCUGGAACCUACGGGAACAAGCACGAGUGCCCUUGCUAUCGAGACAAGACCAACUCCAAGGGCAAACCUAAAUGCCCUUGAACAAAUAUUAUUUAUAUACGUAUAUUUGAUAUUAUUUCAUAGUUGUUUUUAUUAUGAUUAUGUAUGGUUGUAUUGUAUGGUUUAUAUAUAAGUUUAUUUACUA